UGGUGUAUGGUAGUGUGAGUUAUUAUAUAAGAGAGAGAGAGAGAGAGAGGCAAGAGGAGAGUUGGCAAAGAUAGUGUCUAGAUACAAAGAUAUAAAGCCUGUGUUUAGGAACUUGAACCAGUAGAAAUCAAGCUAGCUAGCCAACCCUCUUUGAUCAGCUUGGCCAUGAAAUUCAACAAAACCCUCCAUCUUUAGUUUUAUUCUCCCAAAGCUCAAUUCUCAUUGGCUUUUAAGAUCUGCUCUUGAACACCUCACUUCUGCAAAACAAAACCCACCACUCUCCUCCAACCAUCUCCACCACCUUUCUGUCAGAACUCAGAAGAUCCUUGGCUAUUUGUAUAUCAGAAAAUGAAGCUUUUUGGUUGGAUGCAAAAUAAGCUUAAUGGAAAGCAGGGGAACAAGAAACCAAAUACAGUUCCUAUUACUACUCAUCCUGCAAAACAAGAGCCUCGUGAAGAAUUCAGUGACUGGCCUCAUGGAUUACUAGCAAUUGGAACUUUUGGAAACAAUGAUUUGAAAGAAAAUGCAGCUGAAAGCCAAGAUAUUCAGGAAGAUCCAACUUCAUCAGAAGAAAUACUAGAUAAUUUCACUCCUGAAGAGGUUGGCAAAUUACAUAAAGAGUUAACAAAGCUCUUAACGCGAAAACCAAACAUCGAAAAGGAAAUCGCAGAUCUUCCAUUGGACAGAUUUCUAAACUGCCCAUCAAGCUUGGAGGUUGAUCGGAGAAACAGCAAUGCACUUUGCUCCGAUUCAGCAGAUGAUCACAAGGAUGAAGACAUUGAGAAGACUAUUAGUGUCAUACUUGGUAGAUGCAAAGAAAUUUGUGGAGAUAAGAAUAAGAAGGCAAUUGGGAAGAAAUCUAUUUCUUUUCUUCUCAAGAAGAUGUUUGUUUGCAGAAGUGGAUUUGCACCACAACCAAGUUUGAGAGAUACACUUCAAGAGUCAAGAAUGGAGAAGCUUUUGAGGGUAAUGCUUAACAAGAAGAUCAUCAAUCCGCAAGGAUCUUCUCGAGCAGCAUCGAUGAAGAAAUACCUGGAGGAUAGACAGAUUCCAACAAAGAAGGAAAGUAACACUGAAGAUGAUACAAAAGAGAAAAUUAAUAAUGGAUGUAAAUGGGUCAAGACAGAUUCUGAAUAUAUAGUCCUAGAAAUUUGAGUGUGCCUCUGACUUUAUUGGCAUUCUUAUUAGUUAUUACAAAGGUAAGAGAAUCCUUUUUGAUUUCAUUGAAAUGAGACUGCCACUCUUUUCACUUUCAUAUAUGCUAAUUAAACUUCUUCUUCUUUUUUUAUCUGCAGCCAGAAGUUUAUGCUUCAUACAAUUAUGAACUCAAGUCAAAUACUUCAAAUUGGCAAAGUCUGAGAAAUUUCAUAGGGGCAACACCAAAUCAUCAAUAAGUUCAUCCCCAGUGGCUUCUGAGAUGAUCAUAAAAUAUGCAUGUAUGACUGAGACAGCUUUUCUAUUUUGUUAACGUCUGCGGUUCCCCUUUUUUUCAUGGUUGCAUCUGUGUAAACAGUUGCAAUGCAUGUUAUGAAAUUUCAAGGGGACAAGGGAUUUCUGUAGUCUGUGCUGGCAAAUUGAGCUAGACGAUAUCUACAUUUUUCGUCCUAUUUAUUUUCUACACAUUUUUCU